AUGAGCUCAAUUCUGGGGGCCAUGCGGUCCUACGGAAGCAAGGAAGCGGCGGCCGGGACGGCCGCGCCGCAGGCGGUGUCUCCGCCGCCGGGCGCAGCACGGCUGUCCGUCCGCGAUGCCUUCCGCGGAUCGGGGGUGCUCCUUACGGGGGUUACGGGUUACGUGGGCAGCAUCGUCAUGGAACAGCUGCUGAGGGUGUGCCCGGAGGUGGGGAGGGUGUACGUGUUGGUCAGGGCGAACAGGAAGAAGGGCGUGUCCGCAGCGGAACGUCUGGACAAGCUCGUCAAUUCCGGCCUGUUCCACAAGCUGUGGGACAAGGCAGAAACGCUCCAGCGCGUGCGCCUCGUGGAGGGCGACAUCACCGUAGAAGGCGUUGGGCUGGAAGACAGGGUCGUCGAGGAAUUGUCGCAGAAUGUGGAGUAUGUCGUUCACUCUGCAGCGGCGGUGGCCCUUGACGACCCCAUCAAGAAAACCCUGCUCAACAACUACAUGUCCACCAAGAAUCUCCUAAGCCUGUGUGAGACCAUGCGCAAGCUGCGCGUCUAUGUGCACAUUUCCACUGCAUACGUGAACAUCACUUUCCCGUCGGGAAGCGUUAUCAAGGAGAGGAUCUACCCACUGUACAACGGGGACCAGGUGGCAUCCCAUGAAGACAUCGUGUCGGAGAUCCUGAGGCUACCCCCGGGCCAUGCAGAGAGCAAGGCGGCCGCAAUGAUGGAGAGAUGGAACUUCCCCAACACUUAUACCUUUGGGAAACACCUGGCCGAGCAGCUGGUGGCUGACUACCACAGGAAGCCUUUCCCUGUCUGCAUCGUGCGACCCAGCCUGAUUUCGAGCUUGGCUGGUGAUCCUUAUCCAGGAUACGUGGGCAAUCUGGCCGGAGGCGCCGGUUUCACUAUUGCCUUUGCCAUUGGCUUCUUUGAAAAGUACGGGGCCGCAUACAGGGCAGAUUCAAUCAUCGAUGGCGUCCCCGGCGACAUUGUGUCUUCGGUGGUGCUUGCAGCUGCCGCAUCAACGGCUACCCAGCCUCUCAAUCAAGACGAGCCGGCCAUCUUCCACGCAUGCACGUCCUGCUCCUACCCUCUGUCCAACGGAGAGAUGUACGCAGCAGCUCAGCAGUUCUUCAACGCCAACCCUCCGCCGUACUGCCUCCAGGGAUCCUACCCUGAUCUCGGCCGUGACUACAAGCCCUCCCCAUGGCUCCUUUGGCUUGCCAAGUCGGUGACAUGGCUGAAGGUCUGCUCCCUGAAAUACACUCUGCAGCUGUUGGGCAAGACCCGAGCGGCCACCCGCCUGUACACUGGCUGGAGGGCAUGGGACUUCGCCAACCAGCUGCGAUACGAUUUGAAUCUGUUCUUCAGUCCGGAGAACGUCAGGAAGCUUGAUGCGAUGCUCGUUGAGGAGGAGCGCGAACUCGUGCGGUGCCUCUGGACGCCGCGCACCGGCGACUGGCUCAGAUUCAUGAGGACGUCCAUGGGAGCCAUCAAAGCGCUCUUCCUCAAAUCGCCUGCCAAGGGCGAUCAGGAGUUCAGGCACAUAGGCCCCAGGGAGCCGUGCGUGUCUUACUACAGCUCCGCACUGCCGACGGAUGAACAGUUGGAGGAGUUGACGAAGGGCGUGGAUGGCAAGACAGCGCCGGACGGAGGCAAGCCGCCAGCUGCUCGGCGGCCCCCUUCGACUGGACCAGUCAGGCGGGCCCACACCGGAGUUCGCCACACCAGCUCCGCCCAGGACUCGAGGCCAGGCGCGGUCAGGCGCAGCGUGACGGAGUUGCGCCAUGCGCAGUCUUACAACUUCCCCGAUGAGUCCAAAGGCGAGAGGGUUGGGAAGGUGGUGCGGCGCGUGUCGUCCCGGGCCAUGAGCGAUCUCGCCGCAAGCCUGUGGGGCGACGACCGUCGGGAUGCGGAUGAGGGAUUUGAGAGCGACUCCAGCAGCGAGGAGGAGGGCGAGGUGGAGUUCGAAGACGAGGGGAAGGUGGACUGA